AUGGAUGCGCAAAUGGACAUGGCUAGCUACUACGAUGUCGACGCCAGCGGCAAGCCUGUCUCUAUCUGCGUAUCAUUGGCACCGUUCUCGAUUCAAGACAUCAAGACAUGCGCCACCUGUCGUGGCCCAUUGCGAGAUAUUUCCCGAUAUGGUCGGCUGGUUCGCCGAGCUAUCCUUGAUGAGUCAACGAAGAAAUUGAUCAUCUUCCUCAAUCAGGAAUAUGUCCCUCUUGCGCAAGAACUUCCCCAGCUUGUCCGUGAAUUGCAUGAAUGUGAUGGCCAAAGAAUGUAUCCAUGGCCAGCGGUGAUUGAGAUAUCUGGGGCACGAGGCCAUCAAAUCCAGAGCAUGGGCGAGAUCAUCCAGAGCACAAAUCCAGGUCGAUGGGAUGCAAUCCUUGACCUGCGAAAGCGUGUCGAUCUCUAUCGGCGCCAUGUGAAACCCGAAGAGCAACCCUUUGAAAGAGUUCGGAGAAUGAUCGAAAAUGCUCGACAGCGCCAAGGCCUCACAACCAACCCUGAGCAUGUCGAUAAUGUACUGCAGACAAAAGGCUUCCUACAAGGCACCGCCCUCUUGAUCCGCCUGGACAUUGCUUUGAUUGUUGACCUUUUGGAUCUCGGUUCCCAGGGACGACCUCACUUGGUCGCACCUCGAUUCGAGCUUGACCUACAGAAGAUGAAGGACGAUUGCCAGACCCUCAUCCGCCACGCGGCCAGUCACCAUCGACUUCUACAGCAGGCAGAGGGUCAUAUUUUCUUAGCACAGCUCUAUGCCCUGGAACGAGCACAUUGCUUGACUCCAGAGAAGAGGAACAAUAUCUUGAUGCAUGGCCAGGCUUCCAUUCAGAAAGCCAAAGGUCUUUGCGAUGCGCACCCAGGCCAGACACGAGGACUGGCAGAUGAAGUUCAUAGCGUGGAGAAAAUGUUGCGCGGAGGCACAUUCUACACAAUUAUCACCAACGAGGAACGCAUGUCAGUCCUUUCGGCGAUGGCUCAAGAGUUCAGGGGAACUGGACAUUGGUACUAUUGUCGCAACGGACAUCCGUUUACCAUUGGAGACUGUGGGUUGGCUCGGGAGAUAAGUCGCUGUCCCGAGUGUGAUGCCCCGGUGGGAGGUGAGAGUUCGGAAUUGGCAGAUGGAGUGAGACUGGCGGUAGACUGGGAUCUGGACAGGGAGAGAUUGAAUCUGUAG